CCCCCCCACGGCCGGAGUCGUCAGCUGGAGGGUCUCCAUUUUACUUCCAAAAGAUAAUAUCGGCCGUUGCAGGGCCGAGGGCGGCCUCUGAUUCCCAUCUUCUUCCUUCUUUGUUGGCCCGGCCGGUGUUUAAAUGGCAGCAGGGGCCCGAAGAUGGACAUCAAGACGGCAGUUUUCAACGCAGCUCGAGACGGGAAGUUGAAACUUAUGCAGAAGUUGCUCAACAACCGGAGCGCUGAGGAGCUGGAGGCGGUGACAUUGGAGAAAACCAACGGUGGCACCCCCCUGCUCAUCGCCUCCAGGUACGGCCACCUGCAGGUGGUCGACUACCUGAUGGAGCACUGCAAGGCUAAAGUGGAGCUGGGCGGCUCGGUUAAUUUCGACGGGGAAACCAUCGAAGGGGCCCCGCCGCUCUGGGCAGCCUCGGCCGCUGGGCACCUGUCGGUGGUCCGGAGUCUUCUGGAACACGGGGCGUCCGUCAACAACACCACCCUGACCAACUCCACCCCACUGCGGGCAGCUUGCUUCGAUGGCCACCUGGAGAUCGUCAAGUACCUCAUCGAGCACAGUGCAGACAUGGAAGUGGCCAAUAGGCAUGGACAUACUUGCCUCAUGAUCUCAUGCUAUAAAGGGCAUAAAGAGAUCGCCAAGUAUUUGCUGGAGAAGGGGGCGGAUGUGAAUAGGAAGAGUGUGAAGGGGAACACUGCUUUGCACGAUUGUGCAGAAUCAGGAAGCCUGGAAAUCAUGAAAAUGCUGCUAAAAUGUGGGGCUAAAAUGGAAAAGGAUGGUUAUGGAAUGACCCCCUUACUUGCUGCCAGUGUCACAGGCCACAUGAAUAUUGUGGAAUUUCUUAUUAACCAUGUGCAGACCAGGAAGGAAGACCGAAUUGAUGCACUUGAGCUCUUGGGAGCCACGUUUGUUGAUAAGAAAAGGGACUUACUGGGAGCUAUGAAGUUUUGGAAGAGAGCAAUGGAGAAGAGGCACAGUGAUAAAAGCAAAGUAGUUAAGAAGCCACAGGUAGGGCAAUUAGUGCUGGCCUAUGAUUAUGCAAAGGAAGUUACAACCUCUGAAGAACUGGAGGCCCUGAUCACUGACCCAGAUGAGAUGAGGAUGCAAGCCUUGUUGAUCCGAGAGAGAAUUCUUGGUCCAUCCCAUCCAGAUACUUCCUACUAUAUCCGUUACCGAGGUGCAGUCUACGCUGAUUCUGGCAACUUUGAAAGGUGCAUCAAUUUGUGGAAGUAUGCAUUGGAUAUGCAGCAGAACAAUUUAGACCCAUUGAGCCCUAUGACUGCCAGUAGUUUGCUCUCAUUUGCUGAACUGUUUUCUUUUGUCCUGCAAGACCGUCCAAAAGGCACCCUAGCCAUGAAGGUAUCUUUCAAUGAUCUUAUGGGCAUCCUGUGCAAAAGUGUUCGUGAAGUAGAGCGGGCAGUGAAUCAGCGGGAGAACCCACCAGAUGUUGCACAGUUUACUAAAGCUUUGUCCAUUAUUUUGCACUUGAUCUCCUUGCUGGAAAAGGUAAAAUGUAGUCCUGAUCAGGAGCAUUACAAGAAGCAAACCAUCUAUCGGCUCUUGAAGUUGAACCCAAGAGGAAAGGGUGGAUUUACCCCGUUGCAUCUGGCUGUUGACAGGGACACAACAUCAGUUGGCCGUUAUCCAGUUUGCAAGUUCCCUUCAUUGCAAGUGACCUCGGUACUGCUGGAAUGUGGUGCUGACGUUGACUCAAGAGAUUAUGAGAACAAUACUCCCCUGCAUAUUGCUGCAUUCAACAAUAAUCUUGAUAUUAUGAAUAUGCUAAUUGACACUGGUGCACAUUUUGAUGCCACCAAUUCCUCCAAGAAAACUGCUUGGGAUUUGCUGGAUGAAAAGAAGAUGGCCAAGAAUUUGAUUCAGCCCAUCAACCACAUCACCCUCCAGUGCCUUGCUGCUCGUGCCAUUGAAAAACAUAAGGUGAUUUACAAAGGAUUAAUUCCAGAAGAACUGGAUGCUUUCAUUCAACUACACUGAAGUGCCUGUAAAGGUGCUUCUCACCCAACUUGUACUGUCAGAUAAAUAUGACACAGACGCUUCAGUGAGAUUAAAAUCAUUCUGCCUCCUGAAGGGCUAUUUACAUGUUAUAGGGCUAAGACUUUAAAAUAGAACAAACAAAAUUAGUUUUGCAGUAUACUUGUCGGUUACUCUGUCUAUUGUCCGUUCUGGAUUGUGGCAAAGACUGAAUGUUGGGCUGGAGGGGUUGGAAGGCACUAGUUAAUUUACAGAAUAUUAGUUUGUAAUCUGCAAAUCUUUUUUAGCUUGUGCCCCCUCCACUUGGCUUUCCCCAUUGCUCUCACUGCUGCAACCCUGGCUGAAUGGAUCACAGCCCACACGUCCUGUACGUUGUUCACAGAAUUCUAGAUUUCUGUCCAGCUGUUAAUUCACAGGCAAGUCAUAUCCUCAACUGUACUUCAAAGUUGUAGGAGAAUCAAAUAUUUAAAAACACACCUAAUCAAUCCCAGUGUCCCUCAUAUGUUUCAGCUGCCUUUUAAGAUUCAGCAAAGAAUAUAUCCAGUCAAUGCAACCAGGUCCAAAGAUAGAUACAGUAUUAGUGUGAGUUACACUUUCAAUUUCAAACCCAAUUAGUUCCAAAAAUGAAACACAUCACUGGCUCAAUAGCACACUGAGGUAAAGAGUCGACUGGAGCGUGUCCCCCAAUAUUGGAAAGUGGAAAAAUCACUAAUGCUGGAAACAAACAGCAUGCUGCUCAACAUUGGAUAGGGUAAGAUAGGUCAGUCUUUCAGUUUAUUUCAGAUACUGACCAGCCUAUUGAGUUGCCAUCAUUUACUGUCCCAAUUUUAGCUGAGACUUUCAUGUUAUGUACAUGUGUUAUGUAUGUUAUAAUAAAUGUUCAGAAUUCUUGACCAUUUUGGUAUACGUUUGGUAAAAGAUUUUACUUUUAUCGGAAAGGCUGAAAACUGGUUUGUUAUACCAGUGAGUUUAUUUUUCCUACAAAUAUUACUGUAAUGUUUAAAUCAUUACAGCCUAAGGACCCAAUCUUUUAACAUUCAACCAUCCUUUGUUUGAUACCUAUCUAUCAGUAAGACCUGGGGUUGAUGAAGGAUUCUUUUUGGGUUAGGAGGAAGGAUGGAAUAGUGGAAAGAAGCACAGUUUGGAGGACCAAUAUUCAGUAAAAUGUGUAGCAUGCUAUAAUGUUUGAUAGGUACAUCCCACUUAAUUUUAUUAUAGCAGCGAUUUUACCAAGACAGCAAAUAUAUUCACAAUUCAUAUUUCAUUUUCAAACAAUUGGAACUAAAUUGGUUACCUUCCCUGAGGCUGAUGGGCUUUGUCUAGGUAGUGGCAAAACCGAUGGAUUCAGCCUUUUUUGACCCCUCACUGAUAUACGUCUCACUUAUUGCUGAAACACACAAGUGACAUCUGUCCCAAGAUCCAGGAAUUGAUCAGUUAAGCCAGUUUAACGAAUGGAGGCUUGCUAUUGUGGCUAAGUUUCAAAAAAGCUUCACACCCCAUUUAUCCAACCUAUUACUUGGAACAAUUCAUCUUGGACUGAAUUAUCUCAGUUUUAAGAAUAACAUUUUUUGUAUUCGCAUGCUUCUGCCAGGGACUUACUGUUUUAGUAAAAGGGUAUAACCCACCACUGUCUCCUUUGGCACAUGACAGAAUGGUAGAUGUGUGUCCUAAAUUGGCUUGUUUAAAUUCAGUAAGGCAUCCAGUUAUCAUCUUGGUAUUUUUCCCCUGCCACACCCCAUGUACUGUCAGUCUUUUGAUACUCCCCUUCAUAAAUAUACACACAGCUUUUGUCUGCAAUCUGUGUUACAAACAAAAUGUCAAAAGGCCAAGCAAAACCACUUUUUAAGUUGUUUCCUGGAAAUGAAAAAUGGGAGUCUUGACCAUGUUGCUUACUAUCUCACCAGGCUCCAACCUUUUGAUUCAAGUAUUUGAAAAGAGGAAAGCCUUGCAAGUUCAACUUCUUUAUUUGCUAACCUGCAAUCUGAUUCAGAAAAAGGGAGAAAGCUCAAAGUAACCUAGUCGCAACAGCAGUGAACGGCAAUAAAAAAAUACUGCAUAAAGCAAGUGUUUUGCCACUGGCACACAACACUGAAAUGAAACACAGCAUUCAAUCUUUUUGAGUCCUGAAUGUCUUUUGAAACUUGCACAUUGGUUAACAGCUAAAAAUGAUCUUUUUAACACUGGAUAUUAUAAGUAUCAUUUGAACUCUCUGAGCCAUGAGGGUGUUCAUAAGUCAGUGUUCACUGAAGAAGUAAAACAAAGAUUGGUGGGGCCGGUUUUAUAGUGUAAACAUUAAACUGCAGUUUUCAUAAAGUUAAGGAUGGCAGAGAUUUUAAACCUUGUUGUAAAUACUGGGACUGUUAAAGGCGCCUAUGUAUAGAUCUAAUUUGUUUCAACUGGGUUUUAUUUUAUGGAGAAACUUUCAAACCAGCUGUGUUACUGCAUGUUUUCACACAGCAGAUAAGAAUGCUAAUAUUGUUUUUAAGCAUUUCAUAACUACACUUAGAAACUUAGCUUUUGGAACCUAUUUAUUUUAGCACAUUCUUUGCCCAGUGUUUACACUAGAUUGUUUGGCUUGAAGAAUAUUAAAUGCAAAUUGCUGCUGAGCUGGACUUGUGUGAAUUGGGUGGCUCUUAUAAUAAAAGUGUAUCUAAAACAAA